GCUGCCCCGCCCUCACCUGCGCCAGGUGAGCGCCAUGUUCCGGGGCUGAGCCCGGCCGGGAUGCGGCGCCGAGGGGCGGCGGGGGCCGGGGGCCGCCUCCUCCUCCUCCUCCUGGUCCGGCGGGGAGCUCUGCUGCUGCUCGGUGUCUGCAACGUCCUUUCCCUGGAAAUUAAAACCAGUCCUAAGGUCCGAGCCUUCGUGGGCGAGCAAGUUCUGCUGAAAUGCUCCUUCAAGUCCAGCUCCCCCAUCACGGACAGCCUGCUGGUGGACUGGACCUACCGGCCCCUCACCGAGGGGCAGAUGGAGACAAUUUUUUAUUAUCAGUCCGUUCCACACCCCACAACGGCGGGGAAGUUCAAAGACAGGAUAUCCUGGGUCGGGAACGUUGCUAGGGGCGACGCUUCCAUCGCUAUCGAGAGCCCGGMGCUCAGCGACAACGGGACCUUCACGUGCAGCGUGAAAAACCCUCCAGAUGUUUAUCACAACAUCCCCCAGACCGUGCUGGUGGUGACAGAGCGGGGCCUGACCUUCCAGCUGACCUCAGCAACCCUGCUGUCCAUCCUGGUGUUUCUCCCUUCUGCCAUCGUGGUCGUUCUGCUGCUGGUGAGGAUGGGAAGGAAAUUCCGGCAGCAGAAGGAGAAAGGAAAAUCUGGCUACAAGAAAUCCUCCAUCGAGGUGUCUGAUGAGCCUGAGCUCCCAGAGACRGCCGGCUGCUGCGGGGGGAAGCUCAGGGAGUGGUGUCUGAGCUGUGUGGAUACGGAUGAGGAAGAUCCAUACUGAAGCUCUGGAGAAAAAAGCUAAAAUUACAACCCUGAAAAUGGUGGUUAGACCCUCCCAGAGGCUGCUGGAUAMCCAGUGCAGAUUGAAGGAUGUGCUCUACUCUCGGUGGAUUGGAAGAACAAUGCACAAAAUAAUGAAUUUUUUUUAAAAAAAAAAGUCUUUCUAAUUUAUUGGGGAAAAGAAUAUCUUACCCUCCCUUCUGCAGUGCCUACAGUGCCAAUGUGCCUUGGUUUACCKGCAGAUUGAUUUGAUUUAUUGGUUUGAWUUUUUUUGRUGAUAUCCCUCCCUUCCUGAGCCCUCAAAAUCCAACUUCUCGAAGCAAAAGCUGCUCCAGCUCUCUGGGCACUGACAAAAUUCUCAGGUUUUUUGGACUCAAAACCAGUUUGAUGAAGAAUCCUCUGUCUUGGAGUGAAGAGAACCUACUGCUUUUGAAGUAUUUUUYGGUUUAUUCAGCCUCAUCACUGGGCUGAAUCUCCUUCUACUCGUAGAAGUGAAGCACAAUUCAUAGGAAGUUACAAUUUCUUCUUUAUUUAAAUCAGAAAUGCAAAUGGGGACUCUGUUUCUGGGGACACAUAACCCCAUCUACCUCAGCCAUGGACUCAAGCACUGCCCAAAGCAAUGUUUUUUUUUUUUUGCAGUAGUUGUUUUCUUCCUYCCUCCCUCCCAUUGUAGGGAAAUGGUUCAGCAUUGCUUCCCCUUGAGGAAGGGCAAUUCCUCUUUCACCAGCCCUGGCCAAUAWUGGAUGGCAGAGAGCAGUGGAAUUCAUUCAAUAAAUCCCUAAAAAGCUGCUUCCUUUCUGAGUUAGUCAAAUAUUCUCCUUUUACAGAUGUGCUACAAGUUUGCUGUUGAAUUUCCGUGUACCAUUACCAAUAAAUUGCAUUAUUUCA